AUGGCCAGUGCCAGCAGUGAGAACGGCGAGGAGCUGUUGGCCUACGACGGCAACUCGGAUUCCGAGGAGUCCGAGUACUCGGAGACCGAGGACACCCAUGACGGCGGCAAGGAGUCGCCCUUGAUCACACCCCACAGCAAUGUCGAUUCGGGUUGCCCGCUGGAGGUCUCCCUGCCGGACCCAAAGUCGUCCGGCCAAAAGGGUCAGAACAAGAGCAGCAGCAGCACUGGCACCAGCACCAGCACCAGUGUUGGGGCCGUGAAUCCCAACUACGGCUUCGGCAAGCGCUGGUCCAAAUCCGAGGACGUGCUGCUCAAGAAGCUGGUGGAGAAGCACGGCGAGAACUGGGAGCUCAUCGGGCCGCACUUCAAGGACCGCAUGGAGCAGCAGUUGCAGCAGCGCUGGGCCAAGGUGCUCAACCCCGAGCUGAUCAAGGGUCCCUGGACGCGGGACGAGGACGACAAGGUCAUCGACCUGGUGCGCAGUUUCGGGCCCAAGAAGUGGACCCUCAUCGCCCGCUACCUGAACGGGCGCAUCGGCAAGCAGUGCCGCGAGCGGUGGCACAACCACCUCAAUCCGAACAUCAAGAAGUCGGCCUGGACCGAGGAGGAGGACAAGAUCAUCUACCAGGCCCACAUCGAGCUGGGCAAUCAGUGGGCCAAGAUAGCCAAACUGCUGCCCGGCCGCACUGAUAACGCUAUCAAGAACCACUGGAACUCAACAAUGCGUCGUAAAUAUGAUGCCGAACGCAGGUCGGUGAAUGCAUCUGGCAGCGAUUUGAAGAGUUCGCGAACCCAUCUCAUAACGCUCAUCAAGUCGGGCGGCGUCAGCAAGGGGCAGUAUAAUAAUAAUGGGCAGCACAAGGCCUCCGCCACGGAGACAGCAGAUGCCAAGCCAGCCCCCAAAUCGGAUAAUGCCGAUGGCACGCAGGCAAACAAUGUGAGGCCUGAGCUCACCGAGUCGCAAGAUUCUUCGGGAACCGAUAAUUACCUCAGCUCUUUGGGUACCCUCAAUAUGAAGAUGUCGCUGCCGCGCCAAACACCGAACAUCUUGAAGCGGCCGCGCAAGAACAUUCCCGAAACUCACCUCCAGGCUGGUCCAUCGAACGGGGUCUUCGGCCAGGAGGAGGCCGCCAAGCCCCGUCUGCCCGGCUCGCCCGUCAUCACGCCCAUCAAAGCUCUACCCUUCUCGCCGAGCCACUUCCUCAAGUCGCCCUGCCUGACCACGUUCGAGGACAUGAACUUGCGGGCCAGCACGCCAGUGACCAAGGUGUACAAUCGCGUGGGCAUGGAGAUCAAGAAGGAGCUGGAGACCUCAUCCAUCGAAACUCCGCACAAGAGCCAACUGGGACCUCGGACCCCAACGCCUUUUAAGAAGGCCCUGGCUGCCAUUGGCAAGAAGAGGGAUGGGCGUCGCUACGAGCCCUCUAGCCCGUCCAGUCUGGCGGAAGAUCUGGCUGAGAUCAUCCACGAGGAGCAUCUGAGCAGUUCGCUAAAUGGCAACAACUCCAAGAUGACGAUUGGUGGCGACCAAAGCACUUCGUUUAGCACCGAAAACAAUGCCCAGUCGCCGGUUUUGAAGCGUGCCAGGAAAUCCCUACUCUCCACAUGGAGCUCCAACCAUAUGUCCAACGGCAGCAACGCCAAGAAGAUUCAGCCCUUCGAAACGGAGACGCCCAGCAAGUUUCUCACGUCGCCCAGCAACAUACUGAAGGACACGCUCUGCAGCGAGCAGGAUCUGCCCUUCGACGAGGGCCGCAAGGAGAAUCGACCAUUCCACAACCGCAGAAGCUACAAGUACCGCGGUGCGCUGUCCUACGAUCACGUCAUCGAUCCGAAGUGGGCUCGGGUGGCCUGCGGCAAGACCAAAGAUCAAAUAUUCAUGGAGGAGCAGGCCUAUGCGUGCCUCAAGAAUCUUUCCUGUAUACCGCGCUCGCUCAACUUCGAGAAGCAAAAGUGUUUGGUCAACUCAUUCGACCGCUUCGGUUCGCUAUAAUUUUUUCAAGUUGCUAUAACAGGUAUUACACCCAAAUUCUACGAGUAUCAUUUUUAUAAUUAUGUAGAUACGUACGACCCCUUAAAUUGCACAUACAUUUGAUAACUCCUUCGUUUGAUGAGCAACGCAUUUCAAAAUAUGAUUUAAAUACUACAUUUAUUGCAUUAUUGGUUACACACACCUUCAAUUGUAUCCCAUUUUUUUCGUAUAUUUAAUAAAUAAAUAUGCUUAAAGUGA